CCCACCCUGAUCGUUUCUCCGUUAAGCAAUAAACUAGCAACUCCUCAUGUACUCAUUUCUUUCCAACGAAGGAAUAACAACAAAACCCAAAACAAAGAAAACGCGAAAACAACAUUAAUAAAAGAAAAUUUUAGAAGAAGAGAGAAAUUGAUCAAAAAAAAACUCUCUUCAUUCAUCUCAAAUUCGCCGACAAUGAUCGAAGCUGAAUUACAUGAUUUAUCUGAUGAUGCUGAUUACGCCGCUUCUCAGCAACAAGGUUCGCAAAGUAUAUUGAGGAGUGAUAGUGGAAGAAGAAGCGAACCAGAAAGUGCAGAACUUGUUUAUUUGAGGGAUAAUGUGUCUAUUCAUCCUACCCAGUAUUCGUCUGAGAGCAUUAGUGGCAGAUUGAGGUUGAUCAAACAAGGAGAUUCUUUAUUUUUUGCUUGGAUUCCGUAUAAAGGGCAAAACACAAACGCACGGCUUUCUGAGAGAGAUAGGGAGCUUUAUACAAUAAGACCACUUCCAUUUACUGAUGUGAGGUCCAUUAAAAGACAUGCUCCGGCACUUGGAUGGCAAUAUAUUAUCAUUGUGCUAUCUUCAGGACUUGCAUUCCCUUCUCUUUAUUUCUACAAUGGAGGAGUUAGAGAGUUUUUGACCACCAUCAAACAAUAUGUGUCUCUUGUGAGAUCUGCAGAUGAUGCGAAUGUGUUCAUUGUGAAUGAUUUUCAAGAUCCUCUCCAGAAAACUCUCUCUUCAUUGGAGCUUCCUGGGGUUGUUUCUAUUGCCGCGUCUACAAGUGCUUCUGUUGCUGUAUCUCCAACUCAGGGAAACCAAGUAAGGGCUGAUGAUAGCAAUACUACUUUGCAAUCUCGUGGUCGGCAAAGAAAUAAAGCCAAUGAUCCAGCUAGAGAUCUCUCAAUUCAGGUCUUGGAAAAAUUUUCGCUGGUAACUAAAUUUGCUCGGGAAACAACCUCCCAGCUGUUUCGUGAAAAUAGUGGUGAACAGACUUAUACUAAUGAUUUAAAGAAGCCUAGCCAUAGCCAGUCCCUUCCUGAUCUACAUUCCCAGUCAUCAUCAGAUGAUCUGGAAGAAGUUCCCAACCUAGUACCUGUACCAGCAGACCCCAUGGAGUUUGAUAAAUUGGCACUUGUUUGGGGAAAACCACGGCAGUCUCCCUUGACCAAGGAAGAGUGGAUAGCUUUUUUAGAUUCUGAGGGGAGAGUUAAUGAUCCAAAAGCUUUAACGAAGAGAAUUUUUUAUGGUGGUGUUGUCCAUGAACUGCGAAAAGAGGUGUGGCCUUUCUUGUUGGGAUGCUAUGAUUACAGUUCAACAUAUGCUGAACGUGAAUAUCUACGAUCAGUGAGAAAACAAGAUUAUGAAAUAAUAAAGCUUCAGUGGCAGAGCAUAUCUCCAGAACAGGCGAAAAGAUUUACCAAAUUUAGAGAGAGGAAAGGUCUAAUUGAGAAGGAUGUGGUACGGACAGACAGAUCAUUUUCUUUCUAUGACGGAGAUGAUAAUCCAAAUGUUGAUCUUCUACACGAUAUACUGCUAACAUAUUCAUUCUACAAUUUUGACCUUGGUUAUUGUCAGGGUAUGAGUGAUUAUCUAUCACCAUUAUUGUUUGUCAUGGAGGAUGAGUUUGAAGCAUUUUGGUGUUUUGCUGCACUAAUGGAACGUGUGGGACCAAAUUUCAAUCGUGAUCAAAGUGGCAUGCAUGCUCAACUUUUUGCAUUAUCAAAGUUGGUGGAACUAUCUGACAGUCCAUUGCACAAGUAUUUUGAGAAGAACGACUGCUUAAACUACUUCUUUUGUUUCCGCUGGAUUCUGAUACAAUUCAAAAGGGAGCUCCGCUACGAAGAAACAAUGCGAAUGUGGGAAGUCUUGUGGACACAUUACCUAUCCGAACACCUGCAUCUGUAUGUUUGUGUUGCAAUUCUCAAGCGAUAUAGGAACAAGAUAAUUGGGGAGCAAAUGGAUUUUGACACACUUUUGAAGUUCAUAAAUGGGUUAAGUGGCCAUAUUGACCUUGAUGCAAUUCUAAGAGAUGCCGAGGCACUCUGUAUCUGUGCAGGAGAAAAUGGUGCUGCUUGUAUUCCUCCGGGAACUCCACCUUCACUGGCCAUGGAAAAUAGUCUUGUGUCUUCUCAGCUAGAAGAUGAGGUUUUGUAGAUCUAUCUCCGACAUCAUACAUAGCAACGUGCUAUACAAAAAAAAAAAUUUACACUUCCGAAUCUUUUAGUGUGAUUCUUCUUACAUUUAUGACAAAACCCUGCUUGUUUAAAAGUACUCUAUUCCGAUGUCUUUCAUAAUUGGCGUGUACAAUUUCAAGAUGUUUCAAGGCAGAAUAUUGCAAUUGUAUGUAACUUUUACGUGUCAA